GACGCAUAUGUGGGAGACCCGUUUGAAGUGUCGAUAAAGGUGAAGUAUGCGCUGGGAAAAGUGGUCUAUCAGAGUGACCAGGAGUGGUCUUAUUUUGAUUAAUUCAAUUUCUGAAGAACAGAGGAAGAUUGCUGUGGGUCUCAAAAUAAUCCGGGCAACAGAGGUAUCGUGCUUUCGAUUUCGGAGCAGAGCACCCAUCAAAGGAGUCAUCUCAGUGGUGACGACGGAUGUUCAGGUUAAAAUACCUGAAGAGGAUUCCUGGUGUGGUUGGUGCCCGGCGUCUGACCAGCUGGUGGAAUGGAGAAAAAUAAGUAUGUCGGCCCUGUUGUUUGUUUUUAAAGAGCGACUACCUACGCAAAGAUUGGUUAUGUAAGAUACGCUGUUAGAGCUUUGUAAAAAUGUUUAAGGAUUUGGCCAUGUUUCAAGUGUGUGCAGACGGACGGAGUAUACUGAAGAAUUGUGUGUAGAAGGGUGAUCGGUGGUGCAAUUGUGGUGGGGAUCAUGAUCCCGAGUUCCUGGUGUGCGAUGUAAGGGUGAAGGAGACAGGUGGCAAAAGCUAGAGCCUUCAAUCGAAUCUCCUAUGCGGAGGCAAUUAAAAGAGUUGAGAAAACAAGCGACGUUGGUGGAUGUACCACAGCCUGUAAUAAAUGUUUGUUGCCAGGCCUACCCUGUGUGUUAAAAAGGUGUAUUUUGUGGCGUUCAUUGGCAAAAUUAUAUACUGUAGGGCUCAAGUCUCAAAGAAGUCAAAACAACUGGACAUUAUUGUGGCUGCGGCAGAAUAGUUUUUGGUACUAUUUUAGACUUGCAAGGGGUAGGCUACUGGCGCCGGAAGACGGCCUGCCCUCCCAUUUCAGAUCUGUUUUAUUUUUAACAGAACAUUUGUUUGAUUUAGUUAAUUUUUGUUGGUAGUUUGUUCAGUUUUUUGGGAAUCCUGUUUCCUUCCCGCACAGUAGGUGGCAGGAUGCACACUCAAAUAUGCGAACGCCAAUAUACCAUAGAAGAGGUCAUCCGCUAAACCGGAAGUUUGUGUGUAACACGAUCUAGCCAGCCAACUUUGUGUUUCCAGGCUGACUGACCGGGUCCUAUGGAAGAGAUGUCAGGAGUAAGUGCGGUGAGCUCGGCGUUGCCUGCAGCUACAACCCGUACCACCUCAUUCAAGGGCUCCUGCCCCAGCUCGAAGUAUGUGAAGCUGAACGUGGGUGGGGCGCUCUACUACACCACCAUGCAGACCCUCACCAAGCAGGACACCAUGCUCAAGGCCAUGUUCAGCGGUAGGAUGGAGGUCCUCACAGACAGCGAAGGCUGGAUCCUUAUUGACAGGUGUGGGAAGCACUUUGGGACCAUUCUGAACUACCUGCGUGACAGUGCUGUACCUCUGCCUGAGAUCCGGAGAGAGGUGGAAGAGCUCCUGGCAGAGGCCAAGUACUACCUGGUGCAGGGGCUAGCUGACGAGUGCCAUGCUGCCUUACAGAACAAAGACAUGUAUGAGCCCUUCUGUAAAGUGCCCUUGGUCACUUCCUCAAAGGAAGAACAGAGACUCAUCUCUACCUCCAACAAGCCCACAGUCAAGCUGUUAUACAACAGGAGCAACAACAAGUACUCUUACACAAGCAACUCCGAUGACAACAUGCUGAAAAACAUUGAGCUGUUUGACAAGCUCUCUCUGCGGUUCAACGGCCGUGUGCUCUUCAUCAAGGACGUGAUCGGGGAUGAGAUCUGCUGCUGGUCAUUCUAUGGGCAGGGCCGUAAGAUCGCUGAGGUGUGCUGCACCUCCAUAGUCUACGCCACAGAGAAGAAGCAAACCAAGGUGGAGUUCCCAGAGGCUCGAAUCUAUGAGGAGACACUCAACAUCCUGCUGUAUGAGUCUCAGGACGGGCGUGGUCCAGACAACGCUCUACUGGAGGCUACAGGGGGCGCUGCAGGCCGAUCCCACCACCUGGACGAGGACGAGGAACGGGAACUCAUCGAGAGGGUGCGCCGCAUUCACAUCAAACGCCCUGAUGACCGCACCCACCACCACCAGUAACUAUAAGAGCCAACCAACAUUAUCAGUAUCCGCAGUGACUAUUACCCAUCACUGACAGAACAUGUGCGAUCACACUAUACCCACAGGUAAUCUCACAUCCUUGACAUUGACAACAAGUGACCUCUGUGCUUCUGCACCACAGACACUUGUGAACUCCACUCAUGAGUAGAGCAUUAUUUGGGUGUUACAGUUUGUGCUGCUGUCCCAAAUGGUCGUAUCAGUGUUUUCUAAACCCUCCAUAAGAGCUGUUCUUUUUAUCAGUGGUCAAAGAAGACUUAUUUGACCCCCUGUAUUUCCAUAUGUUUUGUAUGUCUCGUCUUUGUAUGAAUGUAGACGUUACGUGCCCAGUAGAAGAUCUUGUGCCUUAAGUCUGUGGGUUUAAGUGCAGUUUACAAUCUGAUUUACUUUAUUGUGUCACUACAACAUUGCUUGGAAGUUCAUGUAUUGUCACAGGGUAGCAAGUUCAGGUCAAUUGUAUUUCAGUGAUUAUACUAAUACACUGUAACAAUACCUUUAACUACCACCGCAGUUUUAGAGAAAUGUUUUAUGAGAGAAAAAAGAAACCUGCACACUGCUCUUGCUAGUAUCACUGUUCUUUAUUAAGCUUUACGUAUCGGCCUCAAUGCCCUUUGUCAGAGCUUUUGUGAGUGUUUUUAAUUUGCACACUUGUGUAGACAUUGCUCCACCCACAUCCGCUCAAUGCAUCGAAUGGGGUUGGAGUCAAGGAAAAAUAUAUAUUCAUUAGUUUGAAUUGGUGAUGUAUGCAAACUGUAUAACAGCAUUUUAUCAUAUGUUUUAGAAAUUGGGUGCUUCUAUUUUCUGUAUGUACUCAUUUCAUCCAGCAGAGGGUGUUGUGUACAAAGACACUGAAAGAAUGCUAAGUUGUUGAAGUUACCCCUAGACACUGAUCUUGGGUCAGUUUUGUAUUUCCCCCACGAAUGGUUAAGGGUUGGGAAGCUGAUCCUAGAUAUUUGCCUAGGGGAACUUUACCCCGGAGCAAUACAUUACAACCCACCCCUGAAUUGUAAGUGGUGUGAAUACAGCCACCUUUUAUACUGUAGUCAUGGAUGAAUGAUAUUUUGGCAUCCUAAAGAACCUUUGAGAUGCCGGAUGUGUAAUCAAAUGGAUGUCAUUGCUUCCUCUUAAAAUAAUUAUUUGAGGGCGAUGUUACAAGACAACUUGUUUGGAAACCAAGCACUUCCAGACAUCUCAAAGAAUGUCCACAAUUUUACACAAUAAUUUCACAUGUAAAAGUGUAUUUUGCACUGUAUUUAACACAUCUUUCUUACAAUAAAGAUUUUUAAUAAUA